GGUGCUCUACCAUUUGAGGCAUGCCUCCAGCUUUGCCUUUUGCUGGCUAUUUUGGCGAUGGAGUGAAGACUUUGCUACCUAGGCUGGCCUUGAACCUCAGUCCUCCAGAUCUUCAGCUGCCCCCUGAGUAGCUAGGAGUGCAGGCGUGACCCUGGUGCUCAUCAGCUCAUUCACCUUGGCAUCUUGUUGCACCACUGUGCUCGAAGGAGGCUGGCGACUGCCGGAGGAGCCCAGAGCCGGUGCCUGAGCUGGUCAGCCAUGUCAUCUGAGCCUCCCCCGCCGCCACAGCCCCCCACGCAUCAGGCCCCGGUCGGGCUGCUGGACACUCCUCGGGGCCGGGACCGGUCACCUUCUCCACAUCGGGGCAACGUGGUCCCCAGCCCUCUGCCCACCCGCCGGACCAGGACCUUCUCCGCGACGGUGCGGGCAUCCCAGGGCCCUGUCUACAAAGGAGUCUGCAAGUGCUUCUGCAGGUCCAAGGGCCAUGGCUUCAUCACCCCAGCUGACGGCGGCCCCGACAUCUUCCUGCACAUCUCUGACGUGGAAGGGGAGUACGUCCCGGUGGAAGGCGACGAGGUCACCUAUAAGAUGUGCUCCAUCCCACCCAAGAACGAGAAGCUGCAGGCCGUGGAGGUGGUCAUCACUCACCUGGCACCAGGCACCAAGCAUGAGACGUGGUCUGGGCACGUCGUCAGCAACUAGGGGACCCGCACGACCCUUCUCCCGGGUUUGGGGGAGACUCUGGGGGGAGGAGGAGGCGGGGCUACCCCGGCCAUGACGCCAAUUCUAUCAUGCGAUGGGGCUUCCAGUUGGGACGCGACAUUCCUGGAGGAGGAGAGGGGAAUGGCGGAGGGUAGGCAUGGGGGGUGGAGAGGGGCUUGGCGGCCACCAGCACAGCCUCCCGUCAUCGCAACACGCUCUCCCCACCUGAAAAGCAUUAAAAGCAUUUAAAAAGGAGAGGCGCCCCCUGGUGGCUGAGUGGAAGGGCCACCCCGCCCCCCCCUAGCUCUGGGGUGGGUCUCUGGUAGUAGUUUCCUAGCUGUUGGGCUCAGCCCGCCCAUCCCCUUCUGUAUUGGAGAUUCAAAAUCCUCAGGCCUGUGGCCUACUGAGACUUCCCCAGGGAAAUUCCUCACGCCCUCC